AGAGAAGGAGGAAGAAGCCGAGGGGAGCGGGGGGCGGGGGCGGAGCUGCACCCGAGCUGCUAGGAGGAAGCCGAGGACUCUGUGGCUCUCGGGCUCCAGUGGCCGAGGGACCGCGGCCCGGGCCUUCCCCCACGGCUUUGCUGUCCGGGGCAUCUGGUUGCCCUUUGAAUCCACCCCUUCCCGCACCUCGCUUCUAGGGUCAAUGCACUGCACAGGCUAGCAGCUUUGGACUUUGCAGGGGACGAGAUCGGGACAUUUCGAAAGUGACCCCUCCAAUCCGGAGAGGCUCCCUCCUCGAAGCUUCCCCUUCUUACCCUCUUGUGACUGCUUGCCCCUUCCGCGCCCCUUUUCGGGGUAUGCUCCUCGAGACGGUCCCCUGCGCAAUGGGCCCGGACCGGGCCGGGCUGUCACUGGGGCCACUGAGAAGGGCGGCGCGAGCCAGGCGGGAGGCGCGAGCCCCCGGGGCCGGUGGCACACGCUAUUAGCCUGCAUCCCGACUCUCCCUUGGGCUCUGCAGAGAGGCAGCCGGCCUACCUUGCAAUCUGCACGCCCCCCCCUCCGCCCCCACCCUUCCCUCUCCUUCCCACCUUUCCCGGUGCCAGGCGCGUGGGAAAGUUUUGCUUCUCGCCCUGCUCUUUCCCCCCAGCGGGAACCCCAGCCUGGAACUCGUCCGACCAGUUCUCUAGUAUUGGCCUCGCGCGGACUGCAGAAAGUUGUUGCAAAACCCUCUUUUUUUUUCUUUUUGAGUGCGGCCGGGGAGGGAGAGGGAGAAGGGGAAACAGAAGAGAGGAGCCCCCCCUCCGCCUGGGAGGUGGGUACUAUCGGCUUCUCCCGGUUUUAUUUUUAACGUUGACCCCGGCAGCCCGAGGCACCCUGCGCCCCCCGCCCCCCCGCUCAAUUGCAGCUGCUUCUGGGGAGGAGUCUUAAUGAACUUUGGGGGCGCGGACCUUCCUCGCCUUCCAGUUCCUCUCGGGAGAGAGGAGCGUUGAACCUAGGGCGCCCCCUCCGCCCCCUUCGGGGGGGGAGCAUGGCCAUGGUGACCGGCGGCUGGGGCGACCCCAACGGGGACACGAACGGGGUCGAGAAGGGGGGUUACCCCCGCACGUCGGAGGAGGACUCGGCCUCGCCCCAAGGCGGCGGGAGCGACCCGGAGCACGGCGAGGAGGACAAGCCCGGCAUCCAGGUGGACUGCGUGGUGUGCGGGGACAAGUCCAGCGGCAAACACUACGGGGUUUUCACCUGCGAAGGCUGCAAGAGCUUCUUCAAACGCAGCAUCCGUCGCAAUCUCAGUUACACCUGCAGGUCCAACCGGGAUUGCCAGAUUGACCAGCAUCACCGGAAUCAGUGCCAGUACUGCCGGCUGAAGAAGUGCUUCCGUGUGGGCAUGAGGAAGGAAGCCGUGCAGCGGGGCCGGAUCCCCCACAGCCACUCCAGCACCAGCCCCACGGCCCUGCCCAGUGGCGAGUACUUCAACGGUCAGCCCGUGUCCGAGCUCAUCUCCCAGCUGCUGCGGGCCGAGCCCUAUCCAGCGGCCCGCUAUGGAUCCCAGUAUGCCCAGCAGGGCAGCGUCAUGGGCAUCGACAACAUCUGUGAGCUGGCUGCCCGUCUGCUCUUCAGCACCGUGGAGUGGGCCCGCAACAUCCCCUUCUUCCCCGAGUUGCCCGUCUCCGACCAGGUGUCCCUGCUGCGGCUCAGCUGGAGCGAGCUCUUUGUCCUCAAUGCGGCUCAGUCGGCCCUGCCGCUGCAUAUGGCCCCGCUGCUGGCGGCCGCCGGCUUCCACGCCUCCCCCAUGUCCGCUGACCGUGUCGUCUCCUUCAUGGACCAGAUCCGUGUCUUCCAGGACCAAGUGGAGAAGCUCAGUCGGCUCCAGGUGGAUUCGGCAGAGUACAGCUGCCUCAAGGCCAUUGCCCUCUUCACGCCAGACGCCUGCGGCCUGUCGGACCCAGCCCACGUGGAGAGCCUGCAGGAGAAGGCACAGGUGGCGCUGACGGAGUACGUGCGGGCCCAGUACCCCUCUCAGCCCCAGCGCUUUGGCCGGCUGCUGCUGCGGCUGCCCGCUCUGCGGGCCGUGCCCGCCUCCCUCAUCUCCCAGCUCUUCUUCAUGAGGCUGGUGGGCAAGACGCCCAUUGAAACCCUGAUCCGGGACAUGCUGCUCUCAGGCAGCACCUUCAACUGGCCCUACACCACCGGCCAGUAGGGGGAGGGUGACAGACAGCUGGAGCAGCCCCCCUUCCUGCCCUCCUUUGUCACACACCCCCUUCCCCCCUCCCUCCCCCACCUCCUCCCACCAGGGGAGAGGGGUGGCUUUGGUGCUUCCUGGGGGCUCAGCCUCAGCCCCAGGGGAAGGGCCAGGGGAUUGGGAAGGAGAUCCUGGCUCUCAGACUUUGUGCCCCUCCUCCCUGUGGACCCAUCGUGGCUCCUCCCCCUGCCGCGUAGUGCCCACCCAGGCACCCAGAGUCCUAUGCCAGUCCAGCUCUUCCCACCUUGGUGCCUGGCUCACCCUCUGGUGCCCAGUGUAGCUGUUGUCACCAGCAGGGCCCAGGUGGAGGUUGUGGGGUAGGGGAGGUACCCUGAUCUGACCUCUCAGCCCCUGCUGUCCAGGCAGGAUCCAAGGUUACGGGGCAGACGGGCACAGAGGAUGGAUGGGGACGAGGGUUGGGGUGUCCAGGCAACUGUUCUGUGAAAUGCCCAGGAAGAAAGAAGAGGGAGGUGAUGGGGAAAGAUGACAAAAUAAUAAAAAAACCCAGACCUGGUUUGCAACACCUUCCACUCUCUGGGCCAUGGCCCUAAAGUCCCUUAGUCCUUCUCCUGGCACCUGUCAAGGGGCAGGGCUCAUCCCCCCCAACACCCCCCCCCCCCCCCCCCCCCGCCACGGAACCAAUUUUGACCAAAUAAAGUGUUGGUGGGGGAAGUGGGGGAUGGAGCCCACCAUAUAUAUCCCCCCUCUGGCGGAACAGGAGUGAGCCCCGCAAUACUGGUGCCUUUCCAUCCUUCUGGAAUCAGGCUCUUUCUGCUCACUGCCCCCCCCCCCCCCCCCAGCCCACUCCUCUUCCUCUUCUUUCUCCUUCUUGUCUUCCUCCUCCUUCUCUUCUACUCCCUAAUUGCGUGCUAAGGUCUAACAGGUCAGGGGCUUCCACCCCUAUUAAGGGACCCAGUUCUUGGGAGCCUCCAGAUAUUUGAGUUCUCCCUUCCCUUCCCUCCCCAUUGGCCUUGAGCCAGCGCUGGCCCCAUGCCCAGGUUGGUUGGCGGGGGGGGCAGAUGGCAGGGAGAGCACACACCUCCCCACCUGUCGGACCGGUCGGCCUAGGCCCCUGACUCUGCUGCCACCCCCAGGGGCUGAGUGCAAAGAGGGAGGGUCUCCAGGAUAGUCUAGUGGAAGGAGAGGGUUUGGAGGACGUGUAAUUUAGAUUGAUUCACUUAAAAUAUAAUCUGUUGGACGCUACUAAACAAAUGAAUGGCAACUUAAUAAAGACAUUUCUUACCUGAA